AUGAGUGUAAGAAAUGAAGAAAACACUCAGGCAGAGAAUCACGGCGGAGUAGAGGAGCAAAAGCCACCGGAGAGAAGAUGGCGAUUCAAUUCUCCUCUAGCUCAAGUGAGCUUAAUGGGCUUCGUCUGUUUCUGCUGUCCAGGAAUGUUCAACGCUCUCUCCGGCAUGGGAGGCGGUGGUCAAAUCGACCCAACCGCCUCUAACAACGCCAACACCGCCGUUUACACCGCUUUCACCGUUUUCGGCGUCCUAGGCGGCGCGUUCUACAACGUCCUCGGUCCACGGCUCACGUUAGCCGCGGGAUGCUCAACUUACGUGCUCUACGCCGGAUCUUUCCUCUACUACAACCAUCACCACCACCAAGCCUUCGCGAUCGUCGCCGGAGCUCUACUCGGUUGCGGCGCGGGACUUCUCUGGGCCGGAGAAGGAGCGGUGAUGACGUCGUACCCUCCUCCGCAUCGGAAAGGCACUUACAUCGCCUUGUUCUGGAGCAUCUUCAAUCUCGGCGGUGUAAUCGGCGGGUUGAUCCCGUUUAUCCUCAACUACAACCGUAGCUCCGCCGCAUCAGUCAACGACGGAACGUACAUCGCGUUCAUGUGUUUCAUGUCCGCCGGAGUUCUCCUCUCGCUCGGAAUCCUCCCGGCGACCUCCGUGAUCCGCGACGACGGAUCCAAAUGCUCCGCGGUGAAAUACUCCCGUCCGUCGACCGAAUUCGCCGCCGUGCUCCGUCUGUUCCUCGACCGGAAAAUGCUCCUCAUCGUUCCAGCAGCUUGGGCCAGCAACUUCUUCUACAGCUACCAAUUCAACAACGUGAAUGGACUUCUCUUCAACCUGAGAACCAGAGGAUUCAACAACGUCUUCUACUGGGGAGCUCAGAUGGCCGGUUCGAUCGCAAUCGGCUACGUGAUGGAUUUCAGCUUCAAAAGCCGGAGAGCAAGAGGAUUCGCCGGAAUAUCCAUAGUCGCGGUGAUUGGAACCGUGAUUUGGGCCGGAGGAUUGGCGAAUCAGCACGGUUACUCGUUUGGCAAUCUACCGGAGAAGAAACUUGAUUACAAAGAUUCAGGGAAAGCAUUCGCCGGACCUUUCGUGCUGUAUAUGAGCUACGGGUUGUUGGAUGCGAUGUAUCAGAGUAUGGUUUAUUGGUUAAUCGGAGCACUCGCCGAUGACUCGCAGACGUUGAGUAGAUACAGUGGAUUCUACAAAGGAGUGCAGAGUGCAGGAGCUGCAGUGGCUUGGCAAGUAGAUACACGUAAGGUUCCGUUAAUGUCGCAGCUUGUUGUAAAUUGGUCACUCACUAGUGUGAGCUAUCCUCUGCUGGUUCUUCUUGUGUACUUGUAUGUUAAAGACCAAGAUAAUGAUGAUGGUGGUGGUGCCAAGAUUUAG